GUGCUUGGGUGACAGCUACUGACCUGCCAGACAUCCUGUCAAAUCUGACCUUUAACCUAAUGCGGAACACCAAGGGCCGGUCCCGCUACACUCCUCAGGUGUCGGCCCUUACCUGGGGUCAGGACCUGGAGCGACACUUUCCCUACCCGUCCUACCACUACGACUACGUGCUUGCAGCUGAUGUAGUCUAUCCCCACGACUACCUGGAAGAACUGCUGAAAACCAUGCGACACUUUUGCCGACCAGGAAGUCAAACAAUGCUGCUGUGGGCCAACAAGAUCCGCUUCCAGUCAGACUUGAGGUUCACAGAGUGCUUUAAGAGCAGUUUCAACACCACCUUGCUCAUUGAGCUCCCACAGCAGGAGGUGAGGAUAUACAAGGCCACAGCAAAGGAGUGAUGGAGGAGCUUCAAGGGUGGAAGACGACGCAAAAGGAUUUGUGUUUGGUUUUGUUUUUUGAGGGAAAAAAGGAAAUUCCAUUUUCCACUUGCUGAUUUAAGUCAAUGUAGAGAAAAG